CGCCGGCCAGAGCCGCGGAGCCGCAGCCACUUCGGAAGAGCCGCCCGGGAGCGAGAGUCCAGAGCGCGCCCGCGAGCCGCCGCCGCCAUGGGGAGCCGCGUUUCGCGGGAGGACUUCGAGUGGGUCUACACCGACCAGCCCCACGCCGAUCGGCGCCAGGAGAUCCUAGCAAAGUAUCCAGAGAUAAAAUCCCUGAUGAAACCUGAUCACAACCUGAUAUGGAUUGUAAUUAUGAUGCUUCUCACCCAGUUGCUGUCGUUUUACUUAGUAAAGGACUUGGACUGGAAAUGGGUCAUAUUUUGGGCCUAUGUCUUUGGCAGCUGCAUUAACCACUCAAUGACUCUGGCUAUUCAUGAGAUUUCCCACAAUAUUGCCUUUGGCAACUACAAAGCCUUACGGAAUCGCUGGUUUGGAAUAUUUGCUAAUCUUCCUAUUGGGGUCCCAUACUCCAUCUCCUUUAAGAGGUACCACAUGGACCACCACCGCUACCUGGGAGCUGAUGGCAUAGAUGUGGAUAUCCCUACUGAUUUUGAGGGCUGGUUCUUCUGUACCACUUUGAGAAAAUUGAUCUGGGUUAUUCUUCAGCCUCUGUUUUAUGCUUUCCGACCUCUCUUCAUCAAUCCCAAACCAAUUUCUUACCUAGAAAUUAUCAAUACUGUAGUCCAGAUCACUUUUGACAUUCUAAUUUACUACUUUUGGGGAAUUAAAUCUUUAGUCUACAUGUUGGCAGCCACCCUACUUGGUCUGGGUUUGCACCCAAUAUCUGGACAUUUUAUAGCUGAACAUUACAUGUUCUUAAAGGGAUAUGAAACUUACUCGUAUUAUGGGCCUCUGAAUUUACUUACCUUCAACGUGGGUUAUCAUAAUGAACAUCAUGACUUCCCCAACAUUCCUGGAAAAAAUCUUCCACUGGUGAGGAAAAUAGCAGCUGAAUACUACGACAACCUUCCCCAGUACAAUUCGUGGAUAAAAGUCCUGUACGACUUUGUCAUGGAUGAUACAAUAAGCCCCUACUCAAGAAUGAAGAGGCAUCAGAGUGGGCAGGAGACGCUGGACUGAAGAGCAGCCCAGCCAGAGAACGUCCUCUCUACAGCUCUACAGCCCCAGAGUCGAUGGAGUGGAACUGUGCAGUGUUGCUGAGGAGCUGCCAUGGUGUGGCUGCUCAGUGCUGUCCACAGUCAGCCUGUCUCCAGUGCUCUCAGCUUUGCGCGCAGGAAGCUUGCCCGUUGUAUGUCGUCACCCAUGUGUCAGUGUCUUCACACAUGUCUGUCAUUUUGUAAGCAUAUCAUAAAUCAGCUCAUUUCUAGUAUGUUAUUUUCACUAUAAAGUUUUACUAUAUUAAUAAACAGCUAAUAAACUGAACUAUUAAUCACA